CUCCAGCAUCACAUCCCUGAAUAACUUUUUCUGGGAUAGGUGCAAGUUUCCACUCCUCCAAGGAGAAUUCCACAGCCACGUCCUGGAAUGAGGGAGAGGCCCAUGUGGAGGCUUUUGUGCAGAGGCAGCGGGGGCCCGGCAUCCUCAUCAGGAGUCAGAGCCGCGCGAGAGCCACCGUGGCAGCCCGGGGAGGACGGACUGCGGGGUGGCCCGGGAGCAGAUUGCGGCAGCACCGCCUGUCCCGGGAGAUCUGAGCCGCCCAACGGAGCUGGCGGCCUUGGAGAGGGCGGCAGGGAGGGGACGGCUUUGCCCCGGGAGGAGCCACCAGACUGGCCAGCUGAGGGGAAGGUGGACAGUGAAAAUGGGCUACAAAAGAGAGCAAUGGAAGAGCACUGAGGACCAGCCCUGGUCCUGCACGUGCCCUGCGCAGGUUAGGAGGCCAGCUGAUUCUCUGGAAUAAGAUCCUUCACAGGAACUCAGCCCACGGGAGACAGGAGGGUCCCAAAAUGAAAUCAUAAGGACACCAAGGACAACAGUUUCUUUGAGGAAGAAAAACAGUUGUCUGAUGGACGCACAGACAGCUUGUUCACCAACCCAGGCGUGUCUUCAUGGGCAAGACUGCCCAGGUUCCACCUCUUGAUUUCUCCUGGAGUUGCAGACAUAGCUCAGGGAGGAAGAGUAAAUGCUUCAAGGACAUCUUUUGGGGGCAGCUAGGUGGUGCAGUGGA